AUGGCCACCAACUACGGGCGAGACGAUACUCUGAUUGAUUCCGCUGGUGCACCACACCACCCGCCGCCAGCCCCCGAACAGCCCUACAGCAUCUUCGACAAACGACAAAAGGCGGUAAUCGUGCUUAUCGUCUCCACCGCAGCAACGUUCUCCGGGUUUGCCUCAAACAUUUACUUCCCGGCACUUCCAACCAUUGCUCAAGAUCUCAAUGUCUCGGUUGAGCUUGUGAACCUCACGGUGACUUCAUAUCUCAUCUUCCAGGGCAUUGCACCGAGCUUGUGGGGACCGGUGUCCGACGUCAAGGGUCGGCGCGUUGCAUACUUCUGCACCUUCGUCGUGUUCCUGGGCGCGUGUGUCGGCCUUGCCGAGACGAAGAAUUAUGCGACGCUCGUAGUACUCAGGUGCCUGCAGAGCACUGGCAGCGCGAGCACAAUUGCAAUCGGAUCUGGCGUGAUCGGAGAUAUCACGACCCGCGCGGACCGUGGUAGUUACAUGGGUAUCUUUCAGGCUGGUCUGCUUGUCCCCGUUGCCAUCGGACCGGUGAUUGGUGGUGCGCUGGCUGGCUCUCUGGGGUGGAGGGCUAUCUUCUGGUUCCUGACUAUCUACGGUGGCGUGUUCCUGGCCAUCUUGGUCCUCCUGCUCCCCGAAACUUUGCGUUCAAUCGUUGGCAACGGCAGCCAAACACCAGCGAACGUCUUUAGCAGUUUUCAUCUGUUGUUCUAUAAAAAGCUUGCCAAGGUUGAGAGUGAUUCAAAUGCAGUUACCUCUCCUGCGGCAAGAAAGCACAUCGACGUGACUGGGCCGUUCCGAAUCCUCAUUAGCAAAUUUGCAGCCCCUAUAAUUAUCUUCCUCUCUAUCUACUAUGCUGUCUGGCAAAUGAGCAUCACUGCCAUUUCGAGCCUUUUCGAAGACAGCUACAGCCUGGACGAGACCGAGAUUGGACCGACCUUUAUUGCAAACGGAGUUGGUUCCAUGAUCGGCACGUUCGUCACUGGUAAGAUUCUGGACAAAGACUACCACCGCGUCAAGGCGGCAUACGAGGCAUCUCGAAUGAUCCCCACAGCAGAUGCCGAGAUGGCACGAAGCCAAUCUCGGACUUAUUCGGCGGAGGAGAGCUUUCCGCUGGAAAAAGCCCGCCUCCGACUUGUCCCGGUUUUCUCAGUCCUUCAGUGCUUGUCUAUCAUCCUAUUCGGCUGGACGAUACAGAAAAAUGUACAUAUUGCCGUACCAAUCGUUUCCACCUUCAUUACCGGCUGGACUGCCGUUUCAAUGCAGUCAGUCAUUAUGACAUAUCUCGUUGAUAUCUUUUCCGAAAAUAGCGCGGCGGCGAGCGCGAGUCUCAAUUUUGCCAGAUGUCUGUUCGCGGCUGGAGGCACGAGUUUCGUGAUACCGAUGGUCAAUGGUAUUGGUGCAGGCUUGGCGUUCACGAUCUGUGCGAUCGUACAAGUGAUUGCGCUAUCGGGUGUGGCGAUAACAUGGCGGAUUGCUCCAAGGUGGAGGACUGAAGUGGAGAGGAAAAGGAGGAGCAAAGAUGUGGAUGGUGAACAGCAGUGGUGA